GUUUACUUCUGAAAAUCAAAAAAGAGAAAAACAAAAGUGAAAACAUGUUGACUGUUCAAUUGAUCAUGCAAUCCGGAAAGCCAUUGGUUACGAAGCUCCCAAUCUCAGCUACCGUAUACGAGCUAAAGGCUGACCUUCAAAGCCUUCUCAAUAUUGAGCCGGAAACAUUGGAGAUUUCUGCAUCUGAUGUAACGUGUGCCGAUUCAGAUCUUUUAAUAGAAGUUGCUGGUCUAGGCAAAAACAAACAAAUUAAGCCGGUUGUGUCUUGCUAUGAAGGCAACAAUUUUGUGGGCUUGAUACUAUUUUCCCUUGGGGGCGAGGAUUUCGCCGAUCCAUUAGUCGAUAAUUCGGUGUCAGACUCAAGUAUCGAAGAUAGUGAAUCUUCCGUCAUUGAGCUAUCCUCGGGAUCUAGUGGCGGAUCCGUCCAGCCAUCCACUAUUGAUUGCAAGCGAGGUAUUAAACGAAAAGCCCAAGGACAUGAAAUAACCAUAGAGACUAAACAGAUCAAAUAUGUUCUCGAAUCCAGUGAGGUGAGUCUAGAAAACCACUCGUAUGGAGAUAUGCAGGAGGCGAGCGAUAUGGGAGGCUGCGGAAUAAAGUCCCGACCACGCCCGGUUAAACAUGAAAUCGAAAUGGAACCUGAUGUUAUAAAUGGUCAGCGGCCCCCGUACGUUAACAUUCUCCCAGAGAACAGGCCAAAUGUUCGCUGUUUGGAUUUCAAUGAGGUGACUCCAGACACUGAGUACAAUGGGCGGCUGUACAUUGCAGCGGCCAAUGAGGAUACGAUGGGUGGCGGGCAACGUAUGCUCCAUGGAGACAUAUCAGGUCACCAGUCUCAUAGACUUCCUACACCUGACACCGGCCAGAGUUACAUGGCCAAAGGUCGAGAAGUGUUUCCAAGCAAUUUUCGAGCUUCUGGAACAGCAGAAUGCUGA